AUGCCGACUCCAAGUGUUAACCAUUCGACUUCGAUCGCCGAGGUGAUCUCCACCCGCACCUGUCCACCUGAUGCUGAUCGGGUUUCGACCUGGACAGACUCGCCGGACUCCCCUGGCUCGGUCAGUGAUGGUAUCGAUGAUGUUCUUUCACCUAAUAGUGCCAUCGCGCCGUCCGUGCUGAGUCGCUCCGACGAUGGCACCGUGCUCUUAGCGUCCGACCCGUUGAAAGUGGAAAGGAAGAUGCCCGGCGUGGAUGAAGAAUCUACGCCCGGCAGAUCAAGCUCUCCUGAAGAGACAUGCGAACGAAGCCAGUCAACCGUCGCACCCCCAAACUCAUCGCUCAUGCGAUAUGAGUUUUCCAACGUUCGGCUUCUGCCAAAUCACACCUCAUCCUUCCUUCGCUCAGGUAGUAGAUUCGUGGGCACACAGCAGUCGGACCGCCAAGUUUACAAUGUCGACGUGGAGAUCAAGCACGUGGACAUGGCCGAGUCCUCCCUCUGCGGCUACCUUCGCAUUCAAGGCCUUACCGAAGAUCACCCUACUCUCACUACAUAUUUCGAAGGCGAAAUCAUCGGAACCAAGCAUACAUUCCAAACUCGCAACGAAGCAUGGGGUGCUAAUGAGAAAACCGACAUACACCAUUGGUCUCGGUUUCCUGCGUGGAAACCGCUGGCUAAACAAGCCAAGCGGACUGAUUUCACAUACCGCAAUUUUGCUCAGCGCGAGCACGUGUUCAUGAGAUGGAAGGAAUACUUCCUCGUUCCUGAUCAUCGGGUUCGAACGAUCUCAGGUGCUAGCUUUGAGGGGUUCUACUACAUAUGUUUCAACCAAGUGGAGGGGUCUAUCAGCGGUGUCUACUUCCAUGCGAAGAGUGAACGGUAUGUCUCAACUUCCUCACACGACUGA